CGAUUAAUCAAUAUGGAAGAUAAUAAUUUACCAUCACUAAAACGGAACUCAUUGCAUGAAGACACAGACACGGUUUCUAAGAAAGAAGCUCUUGAGCAUCGUUUACAAUCACUUCAAGAGCAACUUGACAAAUUGCGAGCAGAAGAGGCAAGUUUAAGAAGUCGAUUACAAGGAAAUGUGAAUAUUCAAAAGGCUUUGGAUGAUCACUAUCGUCUUAUACACGAAUAUAAUGCAAUCAAAGAUAUUGGUCAAAUGCUGUUCGGAAAG